AGUGCCAUCGCCUCCUAGACUUCUUGUCCUAAAAACUGCCAUCCUUUUUUGUGUGCAAGCAGCUCUAGAGCAGUCGAGCUAUCGAUCCGGUGUGAUGCUUCAAAUGCUCGGCAGUUGAAGCAUCUCAACAGGGAAGACCUGUUUCGAGUGAAACAGUAAGAUACUGAUGGUGAGUCGACAGGGAAGACCUUGAAGCGUCUCGUGCCCCACGUUACGAGUGAAGAAUAGUACACUACACUUCUAAAUCGACUUAAAAGCGUCUCGUGCUCUACGGUACGAGUUAACAACAGUACACUUUAGAGUCGACGGGGAAGAGGACGUUGAAGCGUCUCGUGCUCCACGGCACUACUACCGAGUCUUAGACUAUCAAUUCACGGUCUUGCCUCGAGAUUGGUAACAUGGCCGGCGGGAAUCGGCGAAAUUUAGCGACGGACGUGAUAUGCUUAGACGACGACGACGACGACGAUACCGAGGAUGGCAAUAACGCGGAUGAGAUCGACGUGGCGGAACGGCGUGGUGGCGUGAAGGACACGCGACAGACGAGGAGGGAGGAGAAGCCGCCGGGAAAGAGAACGGCGAAACGAGUGCCAGGACCGUCGGAUAAGGGGAAGGGGAAGGGUAAGGUAGAGGAGGAGGUGGAGGAGGAGGUGGAGGAGGAGGGGGAGGAGGAGGAAGAGGGGGAUGAGGCGGAUGAGGAGGAGUGUGAGGAGGUACCCAAGACGGGAGUCACUAAGAGCGGUCGGGAUGUGUGGACUUGCAAUGGCGUGGGGGGGAAUGCGAAGCGAGGAACGAAGCGGGAACGGGAGGUCGGCGGCCAAGGUGAACCUUCAAGGCAGCUUCCGCCAGCAUCAGGCUUCCAAUCCCAGCGCAUUCGCGCUGCUCUGCAGUCCAGGUCUGAGUCCUUAGGCACACCGGCGGCGGCAAGUCACGUCCCUUCGGCCCUCCACGCGUCCGCCCUGCUUCCUCGUUACAAACCGCCUCUCCGUGAUGGUGGCAACAGCAACACCAGGCAACGUGCUGCUGAUGCUGCUGGUGGUGGCGGUGGUGCUGGUGGCGGUGGUGCUGCUGAUGAUGCUAGGAGUGGCCGUGAGCCAUUUGCUAGGUUUCAGAAGGUUGGUGUUGCUGCUGCUGGUGGUGGUGCCAAGAGCUAUGGUGGUGGUGGUGGUGGUGCUGCUGCUGCUGCUGCUGCUGCCUCUUCCCCUCCCGGAGAUCAGAGGGAGCCACACAAGCUCAGGCCCGUUCAUUCGGACGCUGGUAUGCUGCAGCGCGAUCUGAGCCGUCGGUCUGCCGGCGCUGCUCGCGACCGCGCAAGCGGCGGGGAGGAUAUCGACGACCUGUGGCGGGGCUUGGUGGGCGAUGUUCCCGCUCCUUCCGGCGGUGGUAGAAUUGCCGUGGCUGAUAGAAACGCCACGGGCAGAGGUGUUACUGUGACGCAGGAUAGAGGUGGAGGGGAGAGAGGUAGAGGUGAUAUGGGUGACAGAGGUGCCCCUGACAGGGGUGGCAGGGGUGGAUGGGCCCAGGAGGCCCAGAGGGACUGGGGAGACUGGAACCAGAUGCGGCCGCUGCAGCCUCAGCACAAGGAGCAGGUGCGGCUGGAGGAAGUACGGGAGGAGGGAUUGCAAGAGCAACGCAGGCAAGACAAGCAGCAGCAGCGGCAGCAGCAGCGGCAGGCGCCGCAACGGCAUAAGCAGCAGCAGAAGCAGGCAAACCCCAUGCAGCAGGCAUGGGCUGCACUUAACCGUACAGCUGCUCCUGGCACCACCGCUGAGGCUAUGAAGCAGUUCCGGAACAGGAAGCAACAGAGCGCCGCACUCCCUGCUGUGCCCUCCUCAUCCCUCUCCACCCCUGUGUCUUCUCCUGCUGCUGCGCCUGCUCGCUCUGCUGCGCCCCCUGGUUCCACUACCAGUACGCCUGUAAAAGGCUCUUGCAAUACUAUCUCCCUCUCUCCUGCCUCCCCUGCCUCUCCUGCUGCCCCUGCUGCUCCUGCUGUGCCUUCUCCCCUUGCUGCUCCUCCUGCUGCUGGCCCAAGGGCUGCUUCCCCGCCUCCUCCUCCUCCUCCCCCUCCAGUGCAGUACCGCAGAAGAGCAGCGGGGCUUGUAGCAGAUGAGCCAAAUGAGCAGUCUGCUGCACCCACGGCUGCUGCCACCCCGCCUCCAGCACAGAACCGCAGGAGGGCAGCGGGGCUGUUAGCAGCUGCGCAGAGGAAGUGGCUGGCGGAAUGCCGGGAGCGGUUUGCGGCGUUUGUGUUCCCGCCCACAGGCACGGACAGUGUGACGGUGCGGUGGGAGGACGUGGAGCGGCUGAGACCAGAGGAGUUCCUCAACGACACACUCAUCGACUUCCACCUCAAGCACCUGAAGCUGCAGUCCAUUGAACAGGGGAGUAUUACUUGCUCUCUGACUGGCAACAAACAAGCACCGCCCCCGCCGUCACUACCACCAUUGGCACCAGCAUCAGCAGCAGCAGCACUGCCAGCAUCACGAGCACCACCUCCGAUCCCUGCUGCUGCUGCUGCUUCUGCUGACAAAUAUGCGAGUGCCGCCGCUGCCACCACUGCCAUUGCCACUGCAGCUGCCACCAUGCAAGCUGCAGCGUCUGUAGUAACGGCAGGUGGCGUAAACACGGAGAAAGUUGAUACUGUUGUGAAGGCACCAGGUGGCUCUGUCAGCGGCACUGUGAGCGGCUCUGCAAGCAACGAUGCGAAGACGAAGGCGUCGGAUGAUCAAACCAUGGCCACAGCAGCUGGUUCGAAGGAGCACCCGCCCCCCCCCCCCCCACGGUGCAUUUCUUCAACAGCUUCUUCUUCAAGAUGCUGAUCGGCGGGGAGAAGGACGACCCCCUCUUCCCCACCACUCGUGCCACUGCUGCUGCCGGCGGUAGUGCCGUUGCCAACAACCAUGCUGCUGCCCCCAAUGCGCCAGGGGAUGCGGAUGAGGAGCUGGACUCCAAGGCCGCGCACUGGAGGGUGCGCAAGUGGACCAAGGGGGUGAACCUCUUUGCCUGCGACUUUGUGUUCAUCCCCG